UACAGGCCUACUUUAAGGCCACAAUUCCUACUUAAUUAAAACUUUUUUUUUGUUUUAUUUAUUAGAAAUGUUGAUUUAUUAGAUGUCCACUAAUUUGCUUUUGGUUUGGUAGACUCGUAGAGACUUUCCUUUUCUUUUUUUUUCCUUUUUAAUUUUUGUGCAACAUAAAGUUUGAGUAUAAUAAAAUAUGCAAACUCCAAUUUACUUUAGAUGAUUUUUAUUGUUUUCUUCAGACCCACUUGACAUGAUUUGGAAAUUCGUAAGUGGCUCAAAAAUGUCCUUGUAAUUUCCAAAAGCCUCAUCUAUCAGGCUAGCAAGCUCCUUACUCCUUUAGAGAUCCACAGAGGCUUACGGAUUAGCUUUUAAUAUGUUGGAAGUAUAAUAUACAACUUGUUUUUUAUUUUAAAUUAUUAUUAUUAUUAUUAUUAUUAUUUAUGGCUUUCUGUUUUGGAAGAAAAUUUUGAAACUGGGUUUGGUUUAGGCUCUCUGAUUUCUCAAAAGGCAAAGCAGGUUAUUAUACUUCAAGUCAAUAUGUGAAUGUUCAACUAAAUUCUAAAGAUGCCACUGUGGUCCAAAGAAAAACAAGCAUCCCUUUCUUGCAUAGAAUUGAUGCUGCAGAUUACUCUCCAACCUCUUAUACUAUAAAUCUUAAGAAUCCAAUCAUUCAAGUUCUUUUUUCAUUCAAAAAAAUGAAAAUACUUUAGCUACAACUGUUAAAAUAUUUAUUAGCUUGUUAUGCUAAUGCAUUUUGCAACAUUUAGUGGCAUUCAAACUGUUGAAAGGAUCUAAAAACUUUUUUAAUUCAUUACUUAGCCAUUGGUCUCUUUCAUGUACACUACGAGUAUUACUAUAAAUAAUAUUAGAAGAAACAACCAAAUACUGUUGAAAUACAACCAAAUGCUAAGACUAAUUCAAAGUGCCGGCAUAUAUAUUUUAGUUCCAUACAGUAUGAUUAUAACUAAUUUGUGCAAAGUCUUUACUGACAAUUGCCCAAAGAAUACCACCAAUCAAUCUUCUUUAGCAUCAGACAAUUGGCAUUCAUGAGUGGUUUCAGCAGCAGCAACAACAUCAUCAACAUUCAUUGCUAUUUUCUACUCGUUUUGCAAUACCAAUAUACAAAACUUAGUUCUUCAUAAAAAGAAAAAGCCAUUGUUCCACAGAAUCCUCAGCUUGUUGUUUCAGAAAAAUGGAAAGAGUUCCUAUCUGGGUAUUCCCCAUCCUGAUCAUUCUCAUCUUUCCAAAAGCUAGUUCAGAAGAAGAGGGGGUGAAAAGAGCUCUAAUCCAGUUCAUGGAUAAACUUUCACCAGGAAAUGCAAGAACUAAUAGUUGGGGUUGGAACAUUGAUUCAGACCCCUGCAAAGACAAAUGGAUGGGUGUAAUCUGUGAUAAGAAGUCCAACUAUGUGAGAAAAAUAGCUCUUGAAACGCUGAAUCUGAGUGGAGUUCUUGAUGCCAAGUCUCUUUGCAUGGCAAAGUCCCUUAUGGUGCUCAGUCUGAAAGACAACAACAUCACUGGAUUGAUGCCAGAAGAUAUUGAAAGCUGCAAGUCUCUGACCCAUUUAUAUCUUAGUGGGAACCAAUUCACUGGUGACCUUCCUGAAUCACUUUCUCGGUUAAACAAUCUGAAAAGAUUGGAUAUAUCCAACAACAACUUCUAUGGUGAGCUUCCUGAUCUGCAACUCAUAUCAGGUUUGAUAUCUUUCCUUGCUGAGAACAAUCAGCUAAGAGGACAGAUUCCGAAAUUCGAUUUCCUCAACUUGAUGCUUUUCAAUGUCUCCAACAACAACUUCAGUGGCCCAAUUCCUGAUGUCAAAGGCAGAUUCAGUGCUGAAAGUUUCUUGGGAAAUCCUAACUUGUGUGGCAAACCACUGAACAACUCCUGUUUACCAACUCCAUCACCGCCACCAGCCAUGAAGAAAUCCAGAAGCCCAUCUUCUGGGCAGAUUCUCAUCUACUUGGGUUAUGUAAUUCUUGGCCUAGUUGUUCUACUUUUUAUAGUUUUCAAACUUGUUGUCAAGAAAAAGAAACCCAAACAAAAUUCAGAAGCUGAAAAGAAAAAGAUUUUGGCACUCGAAAAUAGUACUGCAAUGCCUAGCACUAUUAGUUCUUAUGAGUUGAAGAAUGAUGGGCAGAGGUCUGAAUAUUCAUUGACAUCCAUUGAAAGUGGUAAAGCUCCAGCACUUACAGUUCUGACGAGCCCGGUUAGGGGUUUGACAUUUGAGGAGUUGCUCCAAGCUCCAGCUGAGUUGCUUGGAAGAGGAAAACAUGGAAGCCUUUACAAAGUGAUGCUUGGCAAUGGUGCUAUGCUGGCUGUGAAGAGGAUCAAAGACUGGUGGAUUUCAAGGGAAGAUUUCAAAUGGAGAAUGACUAGGAUAGACCAAGUGAAGCAUCUGAAUGUCUUGCAACCCUUUGCAUAUUAUUGUUCAAAACAAGAGAAGCUUUUGGUGUAUGAAUAUCAGCAAAACGGCAGUCUCUUCCAGCUUCUCCAUGGAUCUCAAAGUGGCCAAGUAUUUGACUGGGGAAGCAGACUAACUGUGGCAGCUACCGUUGCACAAGGUAUAUCCUACAUGCACGAGGAGCUCAAUGAAGAUGGUUUAGCUCAUGGUAAUUUAAAAUCCAUGAACAUUUUGUUCAACAAGACUAUGGAUCCUUGCAUAAGUGAAUAUGGUCUAAUGGCAGUAGAAAACCAAGACCAAUCUUUGCUAUCUCCCCUAAACAGCAUUAAAACAGAAGAUUUAGAAGGAGACCAAGCUUUCAAGGUUGAUAUUUAUGGAUUUGGUGUGAUUCUUUUGGAGCUUCUAACUGGGAAGCUGGUUCAGGUAAAUGGGUUUGAUCUGCCUGGAUGGGUCCAAUCAGUGGUUAGAGAGGAAUGGACUUUUGAAGUCUUUGAUAAGGCCCUCAUAUCCGAAGGUGCAAGUGAAGAAAGGAUGGUGAAUUUGUUGCACAUUGCUCUAAAGUGCACAAAUCCUUCUCCAAAUGAAAGGCCCGCCAUGAGUCAAGUUUCACAGAUGAUAAAUGCAAUAAAAGCAGAGGAAGAGAAAUCCAUAUCCUUUGAUCCAUGAAAAAAGCUUGUUACAAUUGAUGAAAAGUUGUAGGUGGAUGGAAAUAUCUAUUUCUGUAGACAAAGUUUAAAUUUGGAAUUUUUUUUUUUUCUAAAUUUUUAUGGAGAGCAAUACAAUUCUUGAGUAUUAAUGGUUAUAUUAUACAUAUAUAUAUAUAAAUACUUAUUUAA